ACUCCCAAGUACUGGGUACUCCACAUGAUGCAGCUGGGCCUGGCCUUUAAAUUACAGUUUACAGUUCCGAAGAUUCCUAAUAAAUUAUUCGAAACCUUUCUUCUUUCUUUCAUCACUCUGAUCCCUAAUUGAACGUCACUCAUCACUUGACAAGUGGCCGAUCGGAUCCCUUUCCGCGUAUGGACGAAAGUGCCUUUCCAAUGAUACCUAUGACUCAAGUUCACCAUGAAAGGAAAGGAGACGAAGAGAACUAACUGAGAGUUAUGACAAUUAUCAUCUCAAGAAUCUCACAAAGUUCAUCGGCCUUUCUUUGUGCGAUAUGCGAUAUGCGAUGGACGAUAUAAGAUAUACGAUAUACGAUAUACGACGUGCGAUGUGCGAUGUACGAUGUACUCCAUGUGCCAUAUGCCAUAUGCCAAGCUUCAUCGUGCCCCUCAAUUCUCUGCAGUAAGUACACUACAGACUCACAGUGAAGAGGUCUCAGCUAUUGUUUCACAGGUACAGAUACUAUAAAGCUUUUUUUUAUCCUCUUUUGACAGUCACAGUAUUUUGUUCCAUUGAUUUUCUAUCAAUCUUGCAAUCUUUGUACCUGCAUCCUGCAUCCUGCACAGCACCGGCAUUUACCUAUUCAGCCUCAAUAUAUUUCCUUCCUCGGCAACACAGCAGUCUGAGCCAUUUGGAUUGAUUUACUUGAGCACCAAAUAGCAAUACCUCGGAAUACUUUGAAUCGUCAAAGUAUACGCCUUCUGCAGUAUUACCUGCGUCUAGGUUACUAACAAAUCAUUGAGGUUAAAGCAUGAUUGAGACUAGUCAUUGAGGUACGGCUAAUAAGCAAUCAUUUGGGAACAGCCUUGCUACAGUUAGUCCUCUCUCUUGCGCCUCUUGACUCAAACAAGAUCUCCGAAUAUAAAUCCCAAUCACCCUCUCUCGUCCUGGAACAAGCUUUCUCUCAAUAUAGCUUGACAAGAUGGUUAGAAUGGCAUCCACGACUGCCCCCCCUCCCAUGACGAUGUCCUUUCCCUCAGAUCCAGCACACCCAACUCAGCAUUCAUCAGAUGAACAUUCGAGGAAAAAUGGAGUUGGCAACUCCAAACCAAUACAAACACCCAAUUCUCCCAGCCGCCGUAAAGAUUCGCAAUCUCUGCAAAUGGCGUUGGAAACAGUUGAUAGAAAGUGGCGAGAGUCCUCGGAGAGUGAUAGUUUGGAGGAUUAUGAUACUUUAGAACCAGAUCCGACGUCCAUGGUUACAAGGGGGGAGGGUGGAAUCCUCGACACCGAUAUUGAUUUGCCGGAAAUACCACAGACGGUUUAUGCAGAACUAAAAGUUCAGUCCCAACAAUCAUGGCAAGGCACGAAAAGGCGCAAAAGUAUCCCGGUCACUCUCAACAAGCUUCAGAAAAAUGGGCAAGGAAUUUAUACUUUUAAAGCGGAUGACAAUGAGCUACGGGAUCUUCUAAAAGGCACCGUUGCGCACUAUGCACAAGAUGUCGCGUCAGGAGAAUCAAAGAAACGGACAAAAUUCAGUGACUUGGUUUUUACUAAGAAGUUCACUGCCUUCGAUCGACACAACAAUAUCAUUGCCGACUCACCUUUCCAUGGUUUCUUCACGUUGGGCUGGCUGGCGUUCGUUGUUUUCGUACUCCAACUUGCCUUUGCGAAUUGGCGAGUGCAUGGAAAUAUACUUGGGACUAAUGAAAUUAUGAAAAUGAUGUUCCACCGAGACCUCAUAGUUCUUGGUCUGUCUGAUGGUGUUAUGUGUUUCUCUACGGGGUUCGGACUUGUUUUACAGGAGUCAAUAUACCGGGGAUACAUUGACUGGAAUAGAGAAGGGUGGAUCAUUCAGAGUGCUUGGGAAAUAAUUUAUCUCUCAAUGGUGAUAAGUUGGACACUGUUUCGUGAGUGGCCAUGGACACAUACAGUCUUCUUUGUCCUUCAUGGGAUUGUCAUGUUGAUGAAACAACACUCUUACGCUUUUUACAAUGGUCACCUAUCAGAGCAGUAUAAGGCUCGUUCUAAGCUUCAACGUAAAUUGAAGCAGCUUGAUGAUAUUUCGCCGAUACAGACACCUUCCGCCACAACACCAGCCGCUUCUGCAUUGUCUACUUCUUAUCUUGAAGCUGGACCUACGUCCGAUGACAUCUAUCAGAGAGUAUCCGAUCGAAGGCGUUCUAUUGUCGACUCUGCUACUGACCAAGUAGCCGCUGCUAUUGAUUCUGGUGAGCCUCUUGACGUUGAUCAAGUCCAGACGUUCGCACGAAUUCUGAAAUGGGAGAUCGACUUCUUGGGGAAAGAACUCGAAGGGAAAUGUACGACAACCAAGAAUCAGUACCCCAAGAAUCUCAGUUUAGUCAAUCAUUACGAGUACAUCGUUCUUCCAACUUUGGUUUAUGAGCUCGAAUAUCCACGAUCCGAUGACAUCGAUUGGUAUAAUGUAGCUGAGAAAAGUAUCGCGACGGUUGGUCUCUUAAUCGUCAUGAACCUUAUUUCGCAAACUUAUAUUUAUCCUAUUGUGGUUAAAACGAUCAAGAUGAAAGAAUCAAAUCUAACAUCUCUCGAGCGCCUCCAUCAUUUUCCGGGUAUAGUCAGCGACUUAGCCUUCCCAUUUCUGGCUGAAUAUAUCUUGACAUGGUAUGUGAUUUGGGAAUGUAUUCUCAAUCUCCUCGCCGAAUUAACCUGCUACGCCGAUCGAGGCUUUUACGAAGCCUGGUGGAAUUCAGUAUCUUGGGAUCAAUUCGCACGCGAUUGGAAUCGACCGGUUCAUAAUUUCCUCCUGCGCCACGUUUACCAUUCCUCGAUUUCGAGUCUAAGAGUUGACAAAAAGAUGGCGACGCUUAUUACUUUUUUCCUCAGCGCUUGUGUUCAUGAGCUCGUUAUGUGGUGUAUCUUUAAGAAAUUGAGGGGAUAUCUACUGGUGUUGCAGAUGUGUCAGAUUCCCUUGACGAUUAUGAGUCAGACGAAGUGGAUGAAGGGGAGAAAGGCGUUGGGGAAUGUACUUUUUUGGAUAGGGAUUUUUACCGGACCAAGUCUUUUGUGUAGUCUUUAUUUGGUUAUUUAGAUGGUUCGAUGCUUAAGCUUUUGUAUAUUAUGGGGAUUUGGCGUUUGGCAUGAGAGGCAUGGGUAGGUGUUUGGGGCUCUUGCGUCUUUGAUAUCAUAGAUGGUUUGGAGAAAGGGUUUCGGAGUGAGCAUUGGAUGAUGAUUGUGAUUUGUGGUUAUGAUUAUGAUGGCAAUGUAUGUAAUAUAUAUGAUAUAAUAUUAGAACUUUUAUUAGUA